CCAUUGAAGAAACCAUCACAAAGGAUGGAAGGUUACAUUUGGGACUCGGUUGAUGGGCUUAGCAUGUGAAAUGUGAAAUGGAGUUUGGUUAGUUAAAUUCAGCACGGUUCUAUGCUGAAUAUUGUUAGAAACUUCCUCUCUGUAGUGUCUCUCUCUCCCUCGUCUGUUUCUCCGUGGCUCUGUCACCCCCCUACUUUCUUUCUGUUACUAUCCUUGUUAUGUUAAUGUCUAUCUUCUUAUUCUCUAAUUCCAUGUAUCCUAUUUAUAAUUGUGUUGUUUGAGAAGAUUGUAACAUUGGUGCUUUCAUUGAUUUGGACCCCAUGGGUCUCUUCUCUUCUACUAUUAUGAAUUAUCACCUCGACGCCAUCCAGGGACUGAUGGUGGAGUUGAUGGACCAUAGCAAUCGUAUGCUGAGAAUUCUCGGAAAUAUUGAGAACAAGUUGUCUGCCUAUUCCAAGACAAUCCCCGAAACUUCUGCACAUCGGGAUGUGGUUGUCUUUGGACCAUAAGUGCAAACCAAAGGAUAUAUUAGCAGCAGAGGUUGACUCUGAUUUGGAUAAUGGACGCUCCAGCCCUGCGGAUGAUUCUGAAGACUUAUUGAGAAGGUGGAAACUAAAAACGAGAGGAGGAAAAUUCAAAAAUUUAUGCCUGCAAGGUGUUCGCUGAAAUACCCAAUAGAAAAAUUGACAUAAAAGUUGAAGAUUCAGUGAAGAAUGAUUCAGUUAAGCAUGAAAGCCAGGUGUUUGAUGAAAUGAUUCAUACAGCUUCUACGGUUAAGUUUGCUUACAGUGGCAAUGUCAUGUUUGAUAAUCAACUAGCACUGCCUCGUGUCCUUUCUGCUUGCAGUAACAGCCAACGUCUCAACAGAGGUUUCGGUGGCUCUUGCUCUCAGAAGGAUAUUGUUAUUUUAUCUCCCAUGUAUGAGUGUAAUGGUAGUACUGUUGAUGUUAUUAAUGUGCUGCCAUCUAAAAAAUUCAUUAUGAUGAUGCAACUGCUUCAAGGGAAGAUUGUAAUGUUUGAGUUAGAAAGAUUUCUAGCCCAACAAGACUCAUAUGCUCUUACUAUAAACUAGAAACAGAGGAGUCAUCUAGUUCUUUCUUUUGGCAACAAUGUGUACAUCAUAUCUAGCAAUUGGUUGUCACCUCAUGCUCUGAAUUUAACUUCUUAUUGACUGGAAAUCCUCUCUUGAACCUUGAGGACAAGGUUCUCAUUGGGAGCGUGGGAAUUGUCAUGAAUGAUAUUGGGCUUGGGCCAAAUGAAAGUAGCGGAGAAGUUGGGGUUGAUGAUAGUGGGCUUGGAAAGCCACUAAGCGAAAGGAAAGGAUUGAAGAGACCAUCACAGAGGAUGGAAAGUUACAUUUGGGACCCGGGUUGAUGGACUUAGCAUGUGAAAUAUGAAAUGGAGUUUGGUUAGUUAAAUAGCACGGUUGUAUGAUAGUGGGACAUGCUGAAUAUUGUUAGAAACUUCCCCUCUCUCUAGUCUCUCUCUCGCUCGUCUGUUUCUCUCUGUGGCUAUGUCUCUCCCCCUACUUUCUUUCUGUUACUGUCCCUGUUAUGUUAAUGUCUAUCUUCUUUUCUGUAAUUCCAUAUACUGAGUUUUCUAUUAAUGAAAGAUCAAU